AUGGUAUGGAAAGAAGAAAGCAACUAUCCGGAAAGCCCUGAUAUUAUUCUAAAAGAUGAACAUCAAACAUUUAAAUUUCAUAUAAUUAAAGAAGGUGUAUAUCCACCAAAUCAUAUACUCGACACCCUGGAAGAGUAUUUAGACAAGCUUGUAGAGUCAGAACAGUCAACUUCACAUGCUGUACAAUUAUAUUGUGAGGCUUUGGUUAAAAAUAUUCAAAACAAUAAACAAGUAGAAUCCAAAAGCAAGCUUUCCAGAUCUCUUCUUUUUGGCCUAUGCUAUAAAAAAAAUUUUUUUUAUCCAAAUGACAACAUAGUUCUUAAACAAGCAAAAUUUGAAAUCAAUAAUAAUUCAUAUAAUAUCAAUUAUGGAAAAAUCGAUAAGCAAAAAAUAGAAAUACAAAUACAAGUUAUUGUAAAGUCAAUUGAUCAAAAUCGAAUUUCUCAGAAUGUAUAUAGGUCUUUGGCUCAACUUGAUGAAUCACUAAUUAGAGCUAGAGCAGUUUAUGAUAUGAGACAAGAGAUAACAAAUAGAGUAAAUAAAAAAAUUCCUAUUAGUUUAGUUGAUAUUGAUUAG